AUGCAGGAAAAUAUCAAAACCAAAAAAGGCAUGAAAAAAAUUAAAACGGACAAUGAUGUGUCUCAAAAAGACACAAGUUCUGAAGAAGAAUGGGAAGAGUCAGGAAGCAGUGGUGACGAUAUUGAUUAUUUAGGAGCUGACAUACCAGACCUUGAAAUACAUAAAACAGAUGAUUUGAAACCUGGUAAUUUCGGUGAAUUUUGUGGGCACAGGCAAAAGAAUUGUGCUCGAAGCUAUGGAGCAUGGUUUCACAAGGAGUGCUCAGGCUUGGAUAAUGAGGAUUUCUCUGCAUAUGAGCAAAGAAAAACGGUACAAAAAUGGGCUUGUGUUAGGUGCUCAAUUGGUGUCGGAAGGAAAUCCUUGUCUGGCAACACAGACCUGUCUGGAAAUGAUGAAAUUCCUAUCCCGAAUUCUAGCAGGAGAAGUAGUAUUGGAGUCCAUGUGCCUGUGCCCACACCCACACGUCGAAGCAAUAACUUGCGAGUGAUUGAUGAAGAUUUGGAUAGUUUUGAGAGUUUGUUUGACCUUCAGAAUCCUACCAAUUUGGACAUGAUGAGAGUCAUGAAGAGGAUGUAUAACGAGCUCAAAAACUCCAUCACUUUCAAUGGUUCAAUGAUGGAACAGUUGAAGGAGGGAAUUCAGGCUAUUUCUAGUGAAAAUUCGCGACUAAAGAAGGAGCAUAACCUGUUGAAAGCGCGAAUAAGGGAAUUGGAAAGAGAACUGGUCCACGUUAAAAGUUCUAAACGAGAUGUACCUAACGAGAGGAACAGAAAUAUAAUAAUCGUUGGCUUGAAGGGAGACGAAAAUGUAAACGCUGACGUUACAAAUACUUUCAAAGCGUUGAACAUCGUCGUACCAAGGGACGAGUAUACUGUGAAGGUAUUACCUAGCAAACAAUCUAAGAAACCUGUGCUUGUCUCGUUCACUGACGAGCAUAUGAGGAACAAUGUCCUAAAGCAACGAAAAACCAUUCAGCUUGACACCGAAAUUUGCAACAUAGCCGCUGACUCCAAAACGAGGAUUUAUGUGAAUCCGGACCUGUCGAAACACACUCGCGAUCUCUUUCUAAAGGCAAAGGAACUCAAGUCACACGGUUUCAAGUACGUAUGGUGUAAGGAUGAUAAUAUUUUGGUAAGAAAGAAUGAGGAGGACUCGGCAAUCAAAAUUAUCACGUCGGCGCAGGUUGAUAGUUUGAAGAAUGAACUUUAA